AUGAAGAUUGCUGCAUCAGAGGACCUCCAGUCCCAGCUGGAAAAGCAGCAAGGUGCAUCUACUAUUAUUGCCGCUCCUGAGAUGCAAGCAACAUCACCCUCACAAGAUGGAGGGAGCACUGGCAACGACGGUGGAAGCAGUGUGGACAACAAUGAAAUCCAGGACAAUACCAGCACAAAUGCCGAAACAGCCAUUGACAUCCCGCAAUGGCCAGCACCAAUGGAAUUCCAUUUCCCCAUCAUCGACAAAGAGCCUUGGGAAUGCUUCGAUAACUCUUACACAAACUCCCCGUUUCCCUCACUACACUCAAUUCCCUCGAUCCCAUCACUUUCUUCACUGGAUAACCUCCAGGAGCUGGUCCAGAACCCAAAAGACUCCGACCUCUUGAUUACUCCUAUGAUGCACAACGACCUAGACCAGCUCUACUUCGAUCGCGCUUAUGCAUUUGCGCCGAUAUUGCAGGCGCACCGCUACCGAUCUUGGUCUAAACAACCCAACAAGAGCAAGCAGAAAACCUGUCUACAGCAUGCAAUGUGGACGUUGGCCUCGUCAUUAUCCAGUCAAUUCCAGAACGACGGCCGGAAAUUAUACGCAAAGACAAGACAACUUCUGCAUGCCCUCGAGUCGGAGGAACAAUGCCACCAAAUAUGCCUCGAGCAGGCGCAGGCAUGGACCUUGCUGGCGAUCUAUGAGCUAACAUGCCAAGAUUUCCACAGAGGUAUGAUGUCUGCCGGGAGGGCCUUUCGCCUAAUCCAAAUGAUGAGAUUAUACGAGCUUGACAUACCGCAAACAUCUGCAACCAUGCAACUGGAACAGUAUCGAGGGCGGGCACUAGGUCAAGACGACUGGAUCGAGAUUGAAAGUAAAAGGCGGACCUUCUGGCUUGCCUAUACCAUCGAUCGGUUCACGAGCAUGAUUGAUGGGCUACAUAUGUUCUUCGAUGAGCAGCUGAUUCGUACGCGAUUGCCAGCUCCAGAGGCCAAUUUUGCAAGUGGUCGUCCAGUGGACAUGAGUCUCCUCUCAGAAAUGAUCCCAGUCGUCGACUUGGAGUGGCCGCACGAGAAUGUCUCUUCGUUUACCGAGAACAUCAUCGGAGCUACUCUCUGUGGACGGGUCUUGGAGCAUAAACAGAAGUCUCCGACAAGAUCUUGUCAAGACUUCUGUCGUGAGCACCGUGCCAUCAAUACGCUGUUGGGGCAACACAUCAAGAUGCUAAGAAUACAUGCGUCAUUGGAAUACCCAGAUACUACCAUCGCAUUUGCUACUCUCGCGGCACACAUAGCCGUGCUUAUGCUCUACGAUCUCGUGGAAUCCCGGCCACUUGGCACUGACGCACAAGGAACGCAGCUUACUCAAGCUCUCUUCACGGAACACAAGCAGCAAUCAAUGGAUGCCGUCACAGAUAUAGCACUCCUGGUUGCCGUGCUUGGUCAACAUUUUCAAAUGCAUCCCCUGACGCCCAUUCUGUUGCUGCUAGGCGCUCGGUUCUCUCAGUCCCACCCCGGACUAAACAACGCUUACAUGAGGCUCAUGCCAAAUAUCAUUACGACUCUGCGAGCUUUAACCGGCUUGAACAAGCUUGCAGAAGACUUCAUCCAACUUUUGGAGCCUCCAAACAACAAUCAAUGUACCCUCACUUAA